AUUUUGAAAGAGCUUUCAGUUAACAGUACUCGAGGCUCCCAUCAAGAACUACCAAGAACGCGCAACGUCUCCUUGAAAUUGCUUGGGGUGGUGUUUGCUUACGUGCGAUCUCGCAAGGGAGCUCCCAAGGCGGGCAACCCGCACCUCGCGUUCAUCGACCGGCUUAGCUUCGGUCCACGGCGGGUCUCACACACUGUCACGAUGUUGUUGCGAUUGUGUUGCGCCUGGUUGGCGGUCAGCGUCACCGACAGGGUCGGCAAGGUUAGCGGUGCCUCGGUCAAGUUCGAUCAGAGUCAGACUGGCGAGUACAACGUCCAGAUCCACCUGAAAAAUCUGGAGCUCUAUGCCCUCCUAGACGAGUCGGUCCUCAACGCGGAG